CUGGAGUGCAGAUGUGAAUAAAGUUGAAUCCAGGAUAUCGUUGGGUGACAAAAAAUGGGGAAUGAUUUGGAUACUCUGCUUCCUUCUUGAUGUGGUGGUUGAGUUUCUGGUCACGACAUGUUGUGCUGACCUUUUUAAGAGUUCAGUUAACGUGUUUGGAAAAUGAAGUUUAUUGCCUUCUUCUAUUCUAAAAUUCAUUGAAUGGACAUAAAAAUCUGAUUCUUUAGAGACAGUGAGGAAUGUCUUGAGGAUGGCUGAUCUUCUUGUAGAGUUAUGUAGUGAUAGUUGGAAUGCUCCAGAUUUUAAGAAGAGUCAGAUCCGCCUUGUUGUGUUCAAGGACCAUGACAUCAGGGGUCGAAAUAUCCUGUUCGAUUCCAAGGCUAUCAAGAAGGUGGAGGAAUUCGAGGGUGAAAACAAGAGGAGUGAGAAUAAGAAGAGUGAUAACUGCCACACCAGAGGUUAUGGACAGAAACAGACCCCAUCUCAACCAAAUGUUGAAAAGCCUACCACAUCACCCUCACAAUCACCAAAAAUAUCGGGGAAAUAUCAGUAUUCAAGAGUUGGAUCAGAUACCAAAAUGUUGGGGGAGAUGAUAUUUGGAUCCGCCUGCUUGUCAUAUCGGGGGUCAUCACUGAAGGUGCACCAGUUCCGAUGUCCACCCCAGCUUAUGUUCACCCAUGUGUUUGAAGCAAAUUCGAAAAAUAGAGGAACAUCCUGGGAAAUGGAGAACUAUGACUCCUACAGCCUCCAGAGUUCGCUGGGUGAUCUGACACCAGGAAAACAGAUCUACUGCCGUGAAAGAACAAACUCUGGCACCAUGAGUUCGUUCAGUUUGGCCAACAGUGUUCCAGUUGAGAUCCCCUUGCCAUCAAGUCAGACUCAUAACUAUCAGGAUGACAGCGGUCUAUCCACAUCAUUUUGUUCCAGUGGCAGCUUUCCAAACCCUUUUCCGUCCCCUAGCAGCUCAUCAAGUAUUAAUUCCAAUAGCUAUAACAGCCUCCAUCGGCGGUGGAUGAGAAGUCAUCAGACUUGCCUGGAGUAUGGUGUGCGGAGGCGGACUGCAGAGAGAGAGGAGGGCUUGCUACCCCAGCAUCACUUGCAUACUCAGGAGCCCACUCCAGGAAUAGGAUGCAAGAGACAGUCUAAGAUUGGUAUGGGAAUUGUGAUUGCCAUGUUUGGAGAGAAGGAAGAGGAGAGAAAUGGUCACUUCCAGAACUUUUUCUUCUCUCACAUCACGCUGUUUGAAGCCCAUGUUCAGAAGCUGCGAAUAAAUGUUGAAAAAGCCUUCAUCAACAAGCGAGAUUUCGUUCAUAUCAUCAUGGAGAGUCUUGACCGUUUCCGAGAUGAGAUCUAUGACUUGUACACUGCCCCUAGACUGACUGAACCAGUCUGGUUGAAUAUGAUGUCCUAUAGCCUCCACCGGCAAACUGUGUGUCAUCAAUUCAUGAAAGAGUUCAUUGGAAGCGUAGAAAAAUACGAAACAAAGGCUACAAACUUUUUCAUCAGUACUCUUGUGACGGCAGUGUUGACAUACCACCUGGCCUGGAUCCCAACUGUCACCCCUGCUGGUGCUAUCCCUUCAAGGACAUACCUCGAUAAACACUCGGCUAAGUGGCUGGACACACUCACCAAAUCACAUCCUUAUAACCCCCUCUGGGCCCAACUCAGUGACUUGUACGGUGCAAUCGGAUUCCCUCCUAAAAUCUGUCGGACAAUGGUCGUCGGAAAAAAACAAGAUCUCAUUUGUAAACUGCUAUAUAUUUUGAGUUACUUCAUACGGUGCAGUGAGGUUUAUGAAAAUAUUGAGUCUUUGGAGGAAAUUCGAGAUGAUGAGUUGGAUUUUCUUGAUAGGAGUAUGGACCGGAAUGUGUUUGGUGAUAUGCUGCCUAUCAAGGAGGAUCGCACUCCGGAGAUGUCACCAAAACAUAGCGUAUCCUCCAUAGACGAGCAGAAACAACGUGAUUUAGUUACGGAUUUCGUUUCAAAGUGUGAUGUACGGGAUGAGUCUGAUUUGGGUGGUGCUGCAGGUAUGCUUGGGUUAAGUGUUUCAGAUACUGCCCUGCCAUGCCACUCGGAUUCUAUGAACUCUUCUAAGAGAAUUGAUGCCGAGUCAGUGUGUUCAAAAUCCAAGACUACUGCCAGUGCCUUUAGUGAAUUAGACAGAGAAAGGACCGAAGAUUUCACUUCUACAUAUCAGGCAAAUCAAAAUGUGACUAUUUCUAUCUGUGAUAACUCGCCGUCUCCUAGGAACUAUGACAGUGAUGACACAUUGUGUAGCACAACCAAAAGUGAUCUCACUGUGGAUUUGGAAAGUUCUGAGGGGGACAUUGGGAGAUGUAAACUGUCACCUUUAUGUAUGUUGCCACAUCAGGUUGAAGAUACUCGCCAUGUUCGAAGGGAUAACCCAGUUUUCUUGAAAACAGACAAUGUCACUGCGCUGGCCACGGUUACCAGUAAAGACCUGGUUGAGAGUGACAGCCCGACAAAGAGGUAUAUGCGACUGCCAUCAAAGGAUGAAGUGGUUACAAAUGAAUUGGACGAUCUUUUUGAUGGACACACCGAAGUCGGCAUGAUUUGUGAUAAAGAUGGAAAAUUUCAUGGGAUUAUAAGCAGUGAAGCCCGAGACGAUAUGCAGAGAAGUGAUAAUUUUCUACCCGAGGCCUUUCAAAGUAUGACUGACUCUCAGUACAGCAGUGGCACGUACAAUAGUCUGAACUCAUAUCCAACACAUCCCUGUAGUGAUCAAGCAGAUUCCCUGUAUGAUUCAUACCAACGAGGAGAAGACAGCUUGGAUAUUGAGGAAACGCCAGUCCCUGUAAAACCAAAUUCACAAUUUUUAAAUGAAAGUAUAAAGACAGUGAAAACGCUUCAUGCAAAUGAUAAACCUACAAUGAACAUUGCUGAAAUAUUAAAGCAGCGGGCAGCUGAGGCAGCAGCAGUUGCAGAUACUCCAAUGAGUCUGACAUUAACAAGUGUUCCUAUGAGUCAGACAUCAACAAGUGUUCCUAUGAGUCCAGUUAGUUUCUGUGCAUCUUCUAGUCCAACCCCAUCUCGCACUGCAUCUUGCUUCAGCCCCACCCAGUCGGAGAAAAGUGACGAUGUUGAGCGGGGAUCAGAGAUAUGUGGUUCACCGCCAAAACCUGUCCGGAGUCGCAGUAGGAAUAAUAGCGGUGAUAAACCUUCAAUCACACGUCAGACGAGCCGGACCAACACUCCGGGCCGAACCCGGUCUGUCACGCCAACAGAACUUGGUCGGCGCCGCCAUGCGUCAUCUAAUAGUGCUGCUGAUUCCGAUGCGUUUGAUCCAUUCCUGAAUCUAAAGGAAAUGCCAAUGCCAAGGAGUGAAGACGAUGUCCUGGAGAGUAACGUCAAAGCAUUUGAACGUAACUUUGGACGAUCCCUACUGGCAGGUUACUCCAAGUGCUACCUUUCUGAUUUCGUCCUUCAUGGUACCUCAGAUGUGGAUUACACUUCAAAGCUGAUUGGUGACCUCGAGCUUGCCGCCCAGACAACUGUCCUAGAUGAACCGGUUAAUGAAGCUGUUUGCAUUGUGGCUGAUGCAGAUAAAUGGGAAGUAAAGCUGAUAUCAAGUCAGGUUGGGCCAUCAACUGACAAGGCUCCAGGAAUGACCAUCAAUGGGCCAUCCCAACUCGUAGCUAACCUAAUAGAAUCAGUUCAUGACAUGUGGAAGCUGAAGAUGUCACCAGAUUUUUGCCUGAUGCACUUGGAAGACAGAUUACAGGAGAUCUACUUCAAGAGUCGUAUGCUGUCUGAGUAUAUGAGGCACAGGAAAGUCGGUGAUGUGACGGAGCUGGCUACAGUCAUUGGUUGUGAUACCAGUGACUUGUCUCUCCUAUUUGCUGUGGCCGGUACACAUUCUCCCUCCCUUUCAUUCAGUUUGUUAUGAGGAAUGACUGAAAUCCUUACGACGACCAAAAAGUGUUGCAAUUCAAAGGAACUAUUUGAUGUUGGAGUGGACUUACAUAGUUCUUCAUGGAUUCAAUGGACAUUUGGGAUUGUUUAUCAAAGAAUUUGACGCUGGUGAUUAGCUUUCAAGUUGGGUUAUUUUUCAGUUGUACUUGUUAACAUGUUAGCAGUGGUCAAACUGAUACAAACAUAUUGCCAUGUUUUGUAGACACAAUUACCAGCACAUCAGUAGCUACAACUUGAUUCUUGAUGACACUUUCAUUUCACUGCAACAAUAUUCUUUUUGCUGAUCUCAUCACAAAAACAACUUGUUGUGGGGGCGGGGGCAUGUCUUUUUUUAAGCAAAUGUAUAUUGUGUCUUGUAUUUUCAUCUCCUAGGAUUGGUUCUGGGGCCAAAAGAGACUGAGUGCUGUGGCAUAUUUCCACAAUUGGUGUUUUUGAUGGGAGUCGUUUAUGAAGCCUGUAUGCAAAGUGUUGUUUACAACAUUCUACAACAUUUUCUACUUACCUAUGUGUUGUUAUUUAGUAUGCAAAAAUCACAGCUAUUGCUGUCAAUGGAGAGGUUUGAGGAUUUCGAAAAAUGGCUACAGGCUUCGAAAACGGCUUCUUUCAGGUGCUUUAUGAAUUGCCCUCUAAUUUAUUAGAGGUUGCCAUAACAUCAUCCUGCUGUUAAGAGGUCAAACUUAUGAUAAAUCAUACAAAUAGUACGUGACCAUAAUGAUUAAACAAAACAAAUGUUUAGAUUACAGUGAAUGUGCAUGAACAUAAUGUGACGUCAAGUUAACAAUAAAUUAUUGAAGUUUAAAGAA